CCUUUACCUGUUUUCCUUCUUACUAACAAUGGGGCCAUAGGACAACACGCUUUGGGCAAGAAGCAGGGGCGAGUUCACCUUCACUCGAAACAAUCGAAUUCCCUAUCCUUGGUUCUUAUGGCACUGGCCCACUGGCCCUUUACGCCUUGAAAUGGCACCCACCGGCAGCCUGCCGUCCCAUCUGCAGGACAGGAUAGACGCUCUAGAGACCAAUCAGAGGGACACAGAUGCACAGGCAUUUCAGAAGGCCGUGGAAAGGCGCGCCCGCGUCAGCUUUUCGGUCGCCAUAGCGGGGUUUGGCGUUUUGCUAUACCUCCUGGCCUCAUACCUCAUCUGCACGAGUAACCUUGGCGACCCAGAGCUCACUGCCCAGUUCCACGCUCAGGCGGACCCGAAUGCAUACACAUGGCCAAUGGUAGCUUUCGGCACAGCCUUUGGGCUAAACUUCAUCACGCUGCUGUUCGAGCGCGAGAGCGCCAAGUUUCAGCUGGCGCUGCUGGCAUGCUACAUCAACUUCCUGGCAGGCUUCAGUGACUACAUGUCAUGGAAGGGCUACGCGCCCAUCGUCCGGGAUUCCUGGGGGCAGGGCUUCCAGCUGCUGCGCACGGUGAUGUGGUUGCUCACCACCCCGGCGAUGGUCUACCUGUUGUCCAUCAUCUCGGACUUCAGCCGACUGAAGGUGUACUCGGUGAUGCUGGCGGACGUGCUGAUGAUCACAUUCGGCAUUCUGGCCUUCCUGGCGUACAACAAGGUCAUGUCCAUCCUGUUUUACAUGGUGGCCUGGUGCCUGUUCGCCUACGUGGUGCACAGCAUGUGGAGCAUGUUCCAUGCCUCCAUAGCUGAGGCGCGGCACGACAGCAGCCGCGUCAGUCUGGAGGUGCUGCGCCUGUUCGCAGUGGGCCUGUGGUUCACGUUCCCGGUCAUCUGGAUUGUUGUGAAGAUGGGCCUGGUGGACAUCCGCACCGAGGAGUGGACCUGGUGCGCGUGCGACUUCCUGGGCAAGGUCAUGUUCAGCAGCUCGCUGCUGCACGGCAACUUCCUCACCAUUGAGCAGCGCCGACUUAUCGCCAUGCGCAUCGUGGAGGAGGGCAACCGCAUCCAAGUGAUCCAGGAGCUCAAGGACCUGGUGGAGCAGAAGGAGCGCUUCAUGAGCUCCAUGAGCCACGAGCUGCGUACGCCGCUCAACGGCAUCAUCGGCCUCAGCGACGCGCUGCUGGUGGGCAGCUGCGGCGAGAUCAACGACCAGGCGCUCAAGACCAUCACCACCAUCAAGACCUCGGGCGCACGAUUGCUCAACCUCAUCAACGACAUCCUGGACGCAGCCUCCAUGCGCAAGGGCAAGCUGACGAUCAAGCACGAGAAGGUAAACCUGAAGCGGGUGGUUGACGACGUGAUCGACCUGUGCCAGCCGCUGGCUAAGCGCGGCGUCAAGCUGGUGAACGAUCUGCGAGAGAACGUGCCCUUCGUGCUGGGAGACACAGGCCGCAUCAUACAGGUGUUCCACAACCUGAUCGGCAACAGCUGCAAGUUCACCCACAGCGGCAACAUCUCCAUCAGCGCCGCCGUGAAGGACGACGAGGUGGAGGUGGCGGUGGCAGACACGGGCAUCGGCAUCCCCGAGGACAAGUUCGACCAGAUCUUCCUGGCCUUUGAGCAGGUGGACAUGUCCGUCACGCGCAAGUACGGCGGCACGGGCCUGGGCCUCAACCUGGUCAAGCAGCUGGUGGAGGCGCACGGCGGCCGUAUCAGCGUCAAGAGCCGCGAAAACCAGGGCACCACAUUCUACUUCACUCUCAAGAUCCAUUCCGAGCACCCAAACGAGGGGCAGCCACAGAUGACGCCGACUGAGUCUGUGGCUGCCAUCCCGCCGCCCGAGCACUCCCAGUUGGCAACCGUCCGCGGCACGGCUCCGUCCGCGGGCGGCCUUCCCCCCUCCUCCUCCGGGGCCACCGCCGGCCCCCGCCGCGCGCCUUCGCGCCGCGGCUCGUUCACGGACAAGAUGCUGGGCGCGCUGGGCGCCGGCAUGGGCGGCCACCACAAGAAGCCGCCCUCGGAAACUGGCAAGAGCUCACUGGGGCCGCAUGGAGGGGCGGGCGCGGGGGCAGGGGGUGCGGGGGCAGGCACGGCAGCCGCAGCCGCGGGGGGCAGUGCGGGGUAUGCGUCCGCUGCCGCGCCGCGCCCGAGCCAGACGCCCUCCUCCCCGUCCGCCGCCGUCGCCACCGCCGCCGCCGCCGGCCAGCAUGACGAUAGGGAAUCGCGCGAUGGGCCUUACGCUAGCAACGCUGGGCCUGGGGGCGGCGGCAACGCGGGUCAGGGGUCUGCGAUGGUGCGGCGUGUGAGCCGUGAUGCGCACGGCUCCAACCCGCCCAAUCCCAAGAGCGUCACGGCCGGCCCGCAGGUGAGUGGGCCCAUGAGCCUGUCUGACGCGGCUGCGCUGAUGAAGGGCGCCCUGAAGCGCAAGAGCUCGUUCCGCGAGAGGGGCGCCAAGGUGCGGGUGCUGUCUGUGGACGACGACCCGGUCAACCAGCUGGUCAUCCAGAACCUGCUGGCGCCAGUGGGGUACGAGAUCCUGCAGGCCAUGGACGGGCAGGAGGCCCUCAAGGUGCUGACGGAGGAGGAGCGGCUGCCGGACGUGAUCCUGCUGGACGUCAUGAUGCCGGGCAUGAGCGGGUACGAGGUGUGCCGCAAGCUGCGCGAGAUGUACCCGCUGUCCUGCAUCCCCGUCAUCAUGAUCAGCGCCAAGUCCAAGGAGGAGCACAUCGUGGAGGGACUGGCGGCCGGGUCCAACGACUACGUGGUCAAGCCCUUUGGCCGCCAGGAGAUCCUGGCGCGCAUCGCCGCACACCUGCGCUUCCGCGACACCGUGUACCAGGCGGGCGAGAUCGCGGGCGCCAUACCCGGCGACGUGCGGCCGGAGCGCGUGCUGCUGCGCGGCGGCGCCAACGGCGGCGGCCUGGACCUGACGCCCUUCCUGACCGGGCCCGCGCGCUUCACCAGCCUGCCGCCGCGCAUCGCCCGCGGCAUCGAGGCCGGCACCACCAGCACCACGCUGCAGAUGUUUGAGAGCCUGACGCUGCUGGAGGUGCGGCUGGUGAACCUGGGCGACCUGCUGGCCUCCGUGCCCGCCUCCGACCUGCUGGUGGCGCUGGCCAGCCUGUUCCACGACCUGGACACGCUGCUGGAGCAGCACGGCUGCUACCUGCUGGAGGGGCUGGACGAGAGCCACCUCAUUGUGAGCGGCCUGGACAAUGUGGGCGACCAGGUGCUGCACGCGCUGGGGCUGGCUCGCAGCCUCAUCGCCGCCGCUGACACAUUUGCGCUGGGCGGCCGCCGCUCCAAGCUGCACCUGGCCGUGGGCGUGCACACCGGGCCGGCCCAGGGCGUGCUGGUGGGCUACAGCCACCCGCUCAUCUUCUUCACCGGCCAGCUGCCGGCAGAGGUGCACAUGCUGCAGGCCACUUGCCCGCCCAACUGCGUGCAUGUGUCGGCGCGCGUGCUGGAGUCCGUGGCCCACUCUGAGCGGGAGCACUUUGUCCCUGCGGGCGUGAUGGCCAGCGGGGCCACCACCUACCUGAUGAAGGUGGGCGGCUGGGAGGGCGGCGGCAUCGUGGCCGCCAGCGAGGCCACCAGCCGUUGGAGCAAGGCCAAGCGCGGCAUGCACGACGGCCUGGCCACGGACGCGCGGCGCAUGCGGCCCAUCCAGCUGGCGCUGCUGGACAUGGCGCAGGCCAACCCCGCCUUCCUGGUCGACAUCGCCUCAGCCGCACACGGGGCCGCAGGAGGCGGAGCCGGCACCUCCAGCGACGGGCAGGGCGAGCGGGGUGGCGGUGGUGGCGGCAGUGAGGAGCUGAGCAAGCUAAAGCGCGAGUAUGAGAGCCUGGAGCGGCAGAUGGAGGAGGUGUCGGGCGAGGCGGCGCGGCUGCAGGACCUGGUGGACGAGCUGGAGGAGCAGCUGCUGGCGCGCAGCAACACCGCGGCCGCCUCCACCGCGGCCACCGCGGCCGCCAGCCAGCAGGCGGCGGUGGCGGCGGCGGACGCGGCGUCGCUCAAGGCGCAUGUGGCAGAGCUGGAGGGGCAGCUGGCGGAGGCGGCGCGGGAGCGCAAUGGGCUGGAGGCGGCUCUGGCGGAGAUGGAGCAGCGGCUGGUGGCCACACACGCCGCCCUGGCCACUGCCAACCAUGAGGCAGCCGACAGAGCCCGCGCGCACACGCCCGCGCCGCAGGAGCUGCCGCCGCACCACCCGCACUCAGCGUCUCGCUCGCACUUGCACGUGCUGCCGCAGCAGAACACGCCGCGGGUGGAGACGGCGUCCAUGGCCCCCAGCGCCAGCGGCAGCGAGGCCAACUUUGCCUCGGGCCUCAGCGCGCUGGGCGGCGGCAGCCUGUUCGGCGGCGGCGCGCUGAUGCCGCGCGGUGCCAUGCCGCUGGGUGUGCCCAUGCGCAUGCCCAACCUGGCGGCACUGCGCGCACACGCGGGCGACAUGCGCGGCCUGCUUGAUGAGCUGGGCCUGGGCUCGCUGGCCUCGCGGUUCGAGGCUGAGGACGUGAGCCCGGGCCUGCUGCCCUACCUGGACGACGCCGCCAUGCGGGAGCUGGGCGCCAGCAGUGUGGGCGCGCGCCUCAAGCUGAGGCUGGCGGCGCAGGCGCUGUUCAUGUAGGGCGCAGUGCCGUAGAGCCGCCUGUCAGCCGCAUCCAGCCCCGGCACCAGGUGCCGGGGCCCUAGGACCGCGAAAGGUGGUGCUAAGCUGAAGGCUGACGCCCGACGGGCCCGGGGCGGUGUGUGCGUUGAGCCCCUGCUGGCUCCAUCCGUCAAACGCAUGCGGUUUCUUGUAGCGCGCGGGGCGCAAGGACUGAAGUCGUUACUUGCGUUCGUGGUUGUGUGGGUCAGGUACUAUCAACGGCAUGCAAAUGCGGCACUUAAUCCUAUGUUGGGUGUCAGUAGUGGCGGUGUGCGGGAGCGGUCCUGGGGAAAUGCGGAUGGUCUGCCUGCAUCUGAACGACCAGGGCUGUGCGAUGUGCUCCUGGCCUCUGCCGUGCCGUCGUGAAGGGGUGUUCAGACGGGGUCGAUACGAAACUAAGGGUGUGCCAUGGUUUUGGGGGGCGCGGGACGACGCAGUUGGCUGCACAUCCUCCUGCUGGUCAUGCGUGCCCUGUAGUCGCGUGUUUGGUGUGUACUGAACCUGAAACCGUUUGCACUCCCGUGGCACGUACUUGCGACCGGAGCAGGAAGUAGGCGCUAGAGGCGCCUGGGGGGGGGCGGGCGGGGGUGGCGCCUCGGGUCCAGCGCCCCUGCACGCGGCGCAAAGGCCGACGAUGACCAAAGCUGAGAGCUGAUGGCCCCCGCCCGGGCGAAUGCCUGGGUGUUGAGGACUCCAGAUAAUGAUAUCCAAGAAGGCAGGGACGCGCUUGGGGACGCGUGCGCACCGGUAGGUCUGUUUGUUGUGCUGGCGUGCGGACGAGCGGUGCGGCAGCACGACUUCCUAACCGGGGGACACUAAAGACUGGGUGUUGGUCUGGCGCACCAUCAUUGGUACGAAACAAGAAAGGUGGCUCUCCCUCUCAAGGGACGUGGUCUGCGCCCACGCCACGUUUGUGCAAUGUCUGAGGAGGAAGUGGCGCGAAGUGUACGAGAGAAAUUUAUUGGGCAGUGAUCAGAGUAGAAGGGUAAAAGGCCGUAUGGCAAGGAUAUGCUCAUGGGGCAAGGCAUAUAAAUGGUUGAACCGCGUUGCGGAAACGGUGAUGGGUCGCGGCGUGUUGGGGCGUUGAGCACAAAUGGUUUGGUGCAAGCAAGCCGCUGUUGUAGCAUGGUCGGGGUGCGAGAGGACAGAGGCACAUGGGGUCACUUGCUGUUGCUUAACUUGGGUGAGGGGGCACACGGCUGGGCAGCGGCCCUGGCAGGGGGCGCAGUGUGCCCGAGCAGCUGGCCAUUCGAGGAAUCAAUUUAUCCAGAGGGCAGGUGAACCAGUUCAGGCAGAUACGAGGUACGGUACGAGUUCGGGUCGGUGAUUACGCUUGGAGCGUGUCCGAGUGGUCCGUGGACCAUGGUCAAUCUGGUUGUGGAUGGGCUGGUGGUCUGGCCUCAACACUGGACGGAGUCAACACUUGCAAGCCACGAACGGCCAACUGCAUCACGCUAUGGAGCAGGAAGGAUGUGUAUCGCAGGCACUGAACUGCCAGUGGCCCAGCGAUGUGCAAGCGCUGCUAUGGCCGCAACCACACACGCGCAAGCGCAGGUGCCAGCCACUGGACGGUGACCUGCUGGCGCUGCUGCAGGAUGAGGAGGACGAGGAGGAGGUCAUGGCGUGAGGAUGAUGGUGGUGGUGGUUGUGGAGGAGAGCGACUCUGACGGAGAUUAUGGGUUAGUGGGUACCUGGUGGGGUGGGGUGGGGAGUGGUCAUCACAGCACAGGGGGGCGAUGAGGUGCGUGCUGUCCAUUGCGUGUGCUUGCGUGGGGUCCAGAGCAGGGUGUUCGUUCUCGACGUCACUGGCUCGUUAACUGCGUCAGCAGGUCCCUCUUGUAACCAAUUAUUGACGUGCUUGAAGAAACGCAACACGCACAAGCGAACAUGACGUUGUAGAGCCGAGGCCAGUGAGCUAGCACAAGCAAAAAGAAAAGCGUGAGCAUGAGCAGCGACCGCAACUGCUACGUUACCUUUGACG